AUGGUACUUGAUGUAAAAGAGCUGGUUGUGUUCUUGACGAGCUACCCUCGGCUGUACCGCCAGCCUUAUAGCAUGCACCUACUGCUCAGUAACUGCAUGUUUGGCCGCCAGAUGGAAGCACAUCAUGUUAUUAGCUUCCUGUUGGAUACACAGCCUCGUGGUUCUGAAGAAUUGGAACUCCUGCCAAUUGUUGGUCCAUAUGAAGUUGGAAAGAGCACCCUUGUCUCUCAUGUUUGCAAGGACGAAAGAAUCCGUGAUCAUUUCUCUGAAAUUUUUUUAUUGAGAAGACAUGAGUUUACAAAUUUUGACCAUGCUAAGAUGAGCAAAGGAUGUGCAGCAGAAAACCAAAAUCAUGUGUUGAACUCAAACAAAGAUAGGAGGUUACUUUUUGUUGUUGAAUUAGUUGGCGAUCUUAACGAAGAUACUUGGAAUAAAUGGUGUUGUACUUAUAAACAGCACAUACCAAGGGGUAGUAAAAUUAUAGUCACAAGCCGAUCAGACAAGAUCAUCAAGUUUGGAACAGCACCACCUCUAUAUUUGAAGCACCUGUCCCCUGAAGCCUACUGGUAUUUCUUUAAGACGCUUACGUUUGGAAGCAUGGAUCCUGAAACGCACCCAAGGUUUGCCCAAAUUGCUAUGGAGAUGGCCAGAAUCCUAAGUGGAACCUUCAUUGGUGCAAACAUGAAUGCUUGUUUGCUGAGGGAUAACUUUGACAUCCAAUUUUGGCACAAGGUUGUAGCCUUCAACAGAGGGGUCACCUUGAAGAAUGUCUCAGAAUUUGGUGUGUCUCCAUUCAAUCUUAUACAACAGAAUAGGCCUAUACUUGUUUGGAGGAUGGCCACACCGUCUGAAGAGCUUGUGAGUUAUGGUCAAUCUGAACGCUCUGCAGAGGAGGAGGUUCCAAAGAUAAAUUACCAAGAUGUGUUUUAUGGAAAUGUUAAGGCUCGUGGGAAAAUUGAGAUCCUAUUGUGGAGGUCUCGGAUUCUGCCUUACUAUAGCUAUGUUAACUCUUCUGAGAUCCAAGAGGUAAAAACUGCAGCUGCCAAGAGGAAGCGUUCUAUGAAAAUUGAAUAA